CUGGUCGCAGUCCUGGAAGGCUGCACGCCAGAAAUUAUAAAUUGUCCUAGGAACCCGUUGUUGCAGGCGGUAACGCUUGCUAGCUCGGCUCUUCCUAGUUAAAAAGAAGCCUUUUCGGCUUCUUACCCAAAGAAAGCAACCAAUUCCACCUAUUUAUUAGUUUGGAUGGUUUAACAGUUGUACGUGUGGGAAGGGACUAUAGAACGGCGUUCACCAUGCGCCUUCAGGAGUGUGUCUGUGUAGUUGUUCUGCUGGUUGUUACAGUGGCAGCCGCCCCGGAGAAAGAUCGAGGGUGCACAUAUCAAGGAGUUCAAUACGAAAACGGAGCAGUUUGGCUACCAAAUAAAGAGGACAAAUGUUUUGAAUGUAUUUGCGACAAUGGCGAGGCCCUUUGUUCUUUCCUUGCUGACUGUGACGGUUACGCCUCCGCUCUCACCAAAGAGCAGAAAAAGAUGAGAGUCAUGGCUGCCGUCAUAGGUCUGCCUGGCGAGGAUGGAAUACGAGGCAUACAAGGUCCAAAGGGAGAGCAAGGAGAGCCUGGCGCUGAUGGAAUUAAUGCCGUCCCCGGACCCCCCGGCUCCCCAGGAGAGAGCGAAAUGUCAGCUGACCAGGCUUACCGCCGCUACUACGCCAGACGGUUCUCCAACAAGGCUGGUGGAGCCGCCUUCGGACCUCAGUAUCUUCAAGCUCAAGUUGGUCCCAUUGGACCACGUGGAUUGACUGGAUCCCCAGGACCCAACGGACCCCAAGGAGGCCGUGGAAUCAGAGGCGAAACUGGAGACAGCGGACCACAGGGAGCACCCGGAAGCCGUGGACCUCCAGGCCCAUCUGGAUCUCGCGGACCUGAGGGCGACGGUGGACGUAAUGGUGAAGCAGGCGCUCCUGGUCUCCCCGGCGCUAGGGGAGCCCCUGGACCAUCUGGUAUGCCUGGACUUCCUGGCUCUAAGGGACACAGAGGUUUCAACGGCUUCCCCGGAAAACGCGGAGAACAGGGUAUUUCAGGAGAGAGUGGUGCCGUCGGUGCCCCAGGUCCAUCUGGAGCACCUGGCCCAGUUGGACCCCGUGGUCAGUCUGGCGAGAGGGGUCCUGAUGGUUCUUCUGGACAAUCAGGUCUUCGUGGUGUUGAUGGUCUUCCUGGACAACCUGGAGCUCCUGGAGCAAUGGGUGCGUCCGGCCCCCCUGGAUCACCAGGAAUGGUUGGAGCUAAGGGAGACGCUGGUGCUAAGGGGCCUAAGGGAGGAGUUGGACCCCAGGGAUCUCGUGGUGAAAAUGGCAUGGCUGGAGCUAACGGAGAGGACGGAUUGAACGGACCACCAGGUCAGCCUGGAAGUGAUGGCGAGAAGGGUACCGUUGGUGACCCAGGCCCAGCAGGAUCUCCAGGAUUCCCUGGACCCCGUGCCCCUGGACUUUUGGGAAGCCCUGGAUUGCCUGGUCUUAAGGGAGGCGCCGGAGCCCAAGGUCAAGCUGGAUACAAAGGAGAACAAGGUCUGAAGGGUUCCCCAGGUACCCCUGGAGACAGAGGACAACCAGGACCCCCAGGAACCCAGGGAAGACGUGGCAGCCGUGGUGGUGCUGGAGCCGCCGGACCCCAGGGUCCCGGUGGAGAGAGGGGCCUUCCCGGUGAGCGUGGAAAUCCAGGAAGUCCAGGAAACCCCGGACCUAAGGGAGAAGAUGGAGAAACCGGAGUCCGCGGAGAGAGGGGACAGACAGGCUCUAUGGGAGAGGCUGGUCGUCCAGGUCCCCCCGGACCCCCUGGUGAGGCGGGUGCAGUUGGACCAUCUGGACCUGAUGGAAAAUCUGGACCACCUGGACCUUCUGGUCCAUCUGGUAACGAUGGACGCCCCGGCGAGAUUGGUGCCCCCGGACCCUCAGGUUCCCCAGGACAGCAGGGUGCUCAAGGCCCAACUGGAGAGAGAGGAAACCCUGGCAAGUCUGGAAACCCCGGACUACAAGGUCCACGUGGACCCUCAGGCGACAACGGACCAACUGGUGAAAUGGGCCCCCAGGGAGCACCUGGACCCGAGGGAGAGCCCGGCCCUAGAGGCGCUGAGGGACCCCCUGGAGGACCUGGAUUCCAGGGAGCUCCAGGUCUUCCCGGCCCCCCUGGAGAGGCUGGAACUGAGGGUGAGCCCGGCACACCCGGAGGACCCGGUCAAACAGGACGCACUGGAAACAGGGGAGAGCGUGGUUUCCCAGGCGAACGCGGAGGUAUGGGACCUGUUGGCGAGCCUGGACCACCCGGGCAAGUUGGACCCGCUGGAAAUGACGGCGAGAGAGGUAUUCCCGGAGAAAUCGGUGUCCAGGGUGACGUUGGUCCCCAGGGACCCAUGGGUAUGCCAGGAGAGCGAGGUCCCGGUGGAGAGGCAGGAGCUAAGGGAGACGAUGGUGAGGCAGGCCCUCCAGGCCCUGAUGGAAACACUGGCCGACCUGGUCUUGCUGGUCCCCCAGGAGAGCCUGGCCCACCUGGUCUUGCCGGUCCCCCUGCUGAGAAGGGACAACCUGGUGACCCUGGCUACCGUGGACAAUCUGGACCCCCUGGUGCCUCUGGAGAGCGCGGAAAUGCUGGUCCUGACGGAGAGCCCGGAUACCCCGGUCUUCCCGGUCCUUCCGGAGGUUCAGGUAUGAAGGGAGAGGCAGGUCUGCCCGGAGCUAAGGGAGAGCAAGGAGAUGGUGGAGCUUCUGGUGAGCCCGGAAGUCAGGGACCAGCUGGAGUUCCUGGUAUUCAAGGUCGCAAGGGUCCCCGAGGAGAGCAGGGUGUGGCUGGAAUCCCCGGUGAACCAGGUGCCCCCGGAGCCCCAGGAUCCCAGGGUCUCUCUGGUCAACAAGGUCUCCCUGGGCCCGCUGGACCCUCUGGCACUCCUGGUAUCAAGGGAUCACGUGGAUCCACUGGCAACAUGGGACAGGCUGGCAGAAAUGGUGCUUCCGGACAACCCGGAAAUCCAGGACUGAAGGGUAACCGUGGAGAAGACGGUUCACCUGGAUCAUCUGGACCCCCUGGUCCUUCAGGUGCCGCAGGAGAGCGCGGUGAGCCAGGUAUGCCUGGACCACCUGGUGAAACUGGACCCGGAGGACCCCAAGGACCUAAUGGAGCUCGUGGAACUAAUGGACGUCGUGGUAGCGAUGGACUUCCCGGAAAAGCUGGACCCCCCGGACCCGUUGGAGGACCCGGCAUUAACGGACCCACAGGACCAUCUGGAGCUCCCGGAGCUGACGGCGCCGCUGGUCUUCCAGGACGUCAAGGCGAGGCUGGACUUGUUGGAGAUGCCGGGCGAGUUGGACCCAUAGGUCUACCAGGACUUCAGGGACCUGCUGGACCAAGCGGACCAGUAGGCGAGGCAGGCUCACGUGGAGAAAGGGGAUCAGUUGGACCUGUUGGACCCAGAGGACCCCAGGGAUUGAGAGGUUCUCCCGGAGUUCAAGGAGAGCAAGGCAUUGAUGGCGAGGGUGGAGAUGCCGGACACACUGGAGACAAGGGUGAUCCAGGCUACAUGGGACUUCCUGGUCUACCUGGACCCGAGGGUCCAAUUGGAGAGAAUGGUCCACCAGGACCUCGUGGACCGGCUGGAGAGAGAGGUAACGACGGAGUCCGUGGACAACCUGGCAUAGCCGGAGAAGAUGGACCCGACGGCCCCCGUGGUGCCCCUGGCCCCCGUGGACCCAGUGGAGAAGAUGGAAGAAGGGGUUCCGCCGGUCUUCCCGGAAAUCCAGGACCCCCCGGACCACCAGGAGAGAGCGUGUACGGCCGUGCUAUUACCGGCUGGGCCACCGGAUCCAAGGGCCCUGGCUACAUGGGUGAUGUGCCAUCUGCAGAGGGUGAACCAGAGGAGGCACGUAACGCCAUCAAGGCUCUGAAGGAUGUUGAAGAGGAGAUCAAGAAACUGAGGGAUCCCACUGGAACCAAGGACGCCCCAGGACGUACCUGCCAUGACCUGCUCAAGAACAACCCUGAAAUCACUAACGGUUGGUACUUCAUUGAUCCUAAUGGUGGAGGUAUCAGUGAUGCUUUUGAGGCCGAAUGUAUCUUCAACGGAAAGAGGACUGAGACCUGCUUACAUCCAAUCCAAACUGGGUAUGAGAGACAGCACUGGUUCACAAGGAAGGAGAACCCCGAGGCCCACGUGUGGUUCGCUGAAACCUUCGAUGCCAACGGCUUUUUCGACUAUGGAAUGCACAAGUCUCAAAUUAAGUACCUACACCAAAUGAGCACCCGUGCUCGCCAAGACCUCGCAAUCAGCUGCAUGAACACCGUCGUCAUCUACGACCAAGCCGCAGGCAACCACAAGAAGGCUGUGAGGCUUGGCAGUUUCGACGAGGAAAUCAUGGGACCAAUUGCCAAGAAACCAUACAGAUUUAGAGUAAAGACUGAUACUUGCAAGGAAUACAGUGGAAACGUGGGACAAACACUAAUAGAAGUACGCGGCCGCGGACACCGCAUAGAAAGAAUGCCAAUUAUGGAUGUAGGACUAUAUGAUGUUGGGGGAGAAGAUCAAGAAUUUGGUAUUGACAUAGGGCCCGCUUGCUUCAGCUGAGCCGAUGGCUAGUUCCGUAUUCAUCCGCACACGUCUUCUCAUAUUUCAUGACAGAUAUAGACAAUUUUAGAAAAUUCUUCAACAUUCAUCUAAUAAAACUCAAGUACCUUCCAGAUAUCAUUCUGUUAACCUCAUGGACCAAUUUAUUAUUAUUUGUUUUCGACAUUGAGAAAGGAGCAUCGAUGCCGCGGCGGAGGAGAAUAGUAGGCGGAUGUUAAGAAACUGUGAUUUACUAAUACAAAGCAUAUGUGAUCAGCGCUACAUUACUGCCAUUACCUACAUCUAGUGUUCAAGGGAUCAGGGGACACAACCUAUGCUGGAUGCAUGUUGUUUCAACGCGGCCUGUUUACUACCUCUGUCUAAUAAAUCCGUCCAAAAAUGUCGGCAUUCAGCUGAAGUGGGAAAUAAAAAAAUAAAAUUAA